GUUUGGUUCAUACAGACAUCUUAUGGAGGAAACAAACUGGAUGCCCGCAUAAACAGAAGGGGUUGUGGUGUCUCCGAACCAAUGGGAAGGGUUUACAAUGGAAACCGUAUACGCAAACCGCAGAUUCCCUGGAUCGUGGAGAUUCGCAUUAUGGUGGACAGCCGUCACGGAUAUUUGUGCGCCGGAAGCAUCAUAUCACACAAUGUUAUAUUAACCGCGGCGCACUGCAUUGAUUCCAAGCCCCCACCAAAGAAGGUUGAAAUCUACUACAACACAACGAAGCCGAGCAAGGGACCUGUGACUCAUGUUGUGCGCUUCAUGAAGCAUCCGAAUUAUGACCAAUAUAACGCCCAAAAAUAUGAUGUAGCGCUCCUGAAGGUAGAAGACAAGAUUAGGUUUGAUAGGUUUGUGAGGCCGAUAUGUCUGCCAAAAAGACACUUCCGGAUUGACGGCAAAAAACUCAUGUCUGGUGGUUGGGGAAUAAUCAGUAAUCGUAAGUCAUGA